AUGGGCGCUGAAGCUGCAGCAGCAGGCUCAAGGGGAGACAGGGGAGGGGGCAGUGCGGACAUGGAGCAGGGGAGCCCAAUGGGUGUGGCCGCAGGCGCAGCAGGGGGGUCAGUGGCUGGCGGGGUGGGCGGGCAGGCUGUGCGGGGCGAGGCGGUGGGGCUGGGUGGUUGGCGGGAUCCGCGGCUGACUCCAUACGGCCAAGCGCUGCUGCUCACGAAAGAGAUAGAUGAACUGGAGGAGGAUGUGAAAGCAUGGCGGGCAACAAGGCCACGUACAACCCAGAGCACUGCAGCAGCCACAACCUCUCAGGCAUCUAGUCUGGUUGAAGGCUCGGGAUCAGCACAAGUUGAAUGCACAGGGGUGCAGAGUCAUGACAGCAAUGCAGAGCGAGAAGAGGUUGGGGAGACAGAGAGAGAGAAGCUGCUGACGAGAAUGUCUCGGGCAGCAAUGGCUUUGGCAAGCAUCGAGCCCGACAUCAGUGUUGCUCCUAUUCGACGUGAGCAGAAUGCUCGUCUUCUUCGACUAAAUGAGAUGCUGGUCAAAGCAACAAAUUUGAUGUAA